CAUCUUAUGGCAUUUCCCCAUAUCUUUCAUAUAUUAAGUCAUACUGCUAUAGGCAUAUUGUGAUCCAUGAGUAAAAUAAUGGAUAGUAUUGAAGGAAGAAAUAUCAAGAAGAACCUAAAAGCUGAAGCAAAAGGUGUAUCGAUGUCAUGGGAGGAGAAGAAAGAACGUGUACAAACAGAAGAAAAUGUCCUAAGAAAGGAUAUACAAGAUCUUGAGGCAUGGGUUGAUUUAGUAGAGACGAUGAACGAUAACGAGUUAAAGUGUUAUCUAGAAAAUAAUCCCGAUGAUUCAAAAAAGAUAAGGGUCCAAAAGAUGAAGAAUAAGGUUCAGAGGACUGGCAAAUCAAAACCAACAACCUCUAAUGGGAUAAUGGCUUCAGUUUGGAAGUUCGAUAAGAAUUAGUACUAAAAAUUCUUCAUUUGGUAAAAAAGUACUAACGAAUUUCCCUUGUAUUUC